GGCCCUUUUCCGCUGAACGCCGGAAGUGGUUCUCCCCUCCUGCCAGUGGGCCAUGGAGUUGGUGGCACAGUAACGCCUGAGGUGUGAGGAUUGCGGGGCCGGCGGCCAUGGAGGCCGUGCUAAACGAGCUGGUGUCUGUGGACGACCUGCUGAAGUUUGAAAAGAAAUUUCAGUCUGAGAAGGCAGCAGGCUCGGUGUCCAAGAGCACGCAGUUUGAGUAUGCCUGGUGCUUGGUGCGAAGCAAGUACAACGAUGACAUCCGUAAAGGCAUUGCACUGCUGGAGGAGCUGUUGCUCAAAGGGAGCAAAGAGGAGCAGCGGGAUUAUGUCUUCUACCUGGCUGUGGGGAACUACCGGCUCAAGGAAUAUGAAAAGGCCCUAAAGUAUGUGCGAGGGCUGCUGCAGACAGAACCCCAGAACAACCAGGCCAAAGAACUGGAACGGCUCAUUGACAAGGCCAUGAAGAAAGAUGGACUGGUGGGCAUGGCCAUUGUUGGAGGCAUGGCCCUGGGUGUGGCGGGACUGGCUGGACUCAUCGGAUUUGCUGUCUCCAAGUCCAAAUCCUGAAUGAGACUGCACCUCUGCCUCUGCCCAGGGAUACAUGGGAGCCCAUGGAGAACACUCAGAGAGGGGCCCACCCAUUCUCGCUGUGGCCCUUUCUUCUCCUGCACCCUGUCACUGUCCUCUAUGGCCCCAACCUCCUCUCCCCUGAGAUCUGUCCUCUAGCCCCAGAUCGUGUGCUUUAGGAUGAGUGUAAAUAAAAUUGGGCUUUGACUUGCGAA